GGUGGUGGUGGUGGCAGCGGAGGCUGCUGGCUUAUACGUGCUUUGAAUUUAUACCAGCACUAAAACUUCAAAGUGUUUCAGUUUUCUCACACACAAAAAACAAUAAAAUGGCCGCAGUGCUCAAUAGGAUCGCAAAGUAUGCCAUACCUGUCGGUUUGGCAGUGGGUGGUGCUCAAGCCGCCAUGUACGACGUUCAAGGUGGUCACCGCGCUGUCAUUUUCGAUCGUCUUCAGGGUGUAAAGUCCCAAUCGAGCGGUGAAGGCACUCAUUUCUUGGUUCCUUGGUUGCAGCGUGCUGUUCUGUUUGAUGUGCGUACCAAGCCUCGCAACAUUUCGACCACUACUGGUUCUAAAGAUAUGCAGAUGAUUACUUUGACGCUUCGUGUGUUGCAUCGUCCUGAAAUCAAGAAUUUGCCUGCCAUCUAUCAGAACUUGGGUCUCGAUUAUGAUGAGAGAGUCUUGCCAUCCAUUGGUAACGAAGUAUUGAAGUCCAUUGUGGCUCAGUUUGACGCCAGUGAAUUGAUUACCCAGCGUGAGGUUGUGUCUGCCAAGAUCCGUGAGGAGCUGUACAAGCGUGCCCAUGAUUUCAACAUUGCCUUGGAGGAUGUGUCUAUUACCCACAUGACCUUCGGCCGUGAGUUCACCAACGCCGUCGAACAAAAGCAGAUUGCUCAGCAAGAAGCUGAACGCGCCAGAUUUGUGGUCGAACGUGCCGAACAGGAACAACAGGCAGCUGUCAUUCGCGCCGAAGGUGACUCUGUUGCUGCUGAAUUGAUCAGCAGAUCCUUGGAGAAGGCCGGUGAAGGUUUGGUCGAGUUCCGUCGCAUUGAAGCCUCCAAGGAGAUUGCCGGAACCUUGUCUGCUUCACAAAACGUUACCUACUUGCCCGGCAACAAGAACGGUGCCAACAUGCUUUUGAACCUCGGAGCAUAAAGAAAAUUAGAUUCCACCAGACGUAUAUAGUGUAUAGAAUCAUCAUUCUGAAAAGUUUUAAUAAAAGUCAGUAGCAGGUGUUUAAGCAGAAAGAA